AAGGCAGUCAGCUGACAUUCCACACUGAGUGGAGGUUCUGUGCUGGGGCUGUGUUCCGGGGUGAGUGACAGCAGCCUUGGAGUCCCUGUAAGUUGGUGUAUGAGGGCAGGACUGGCACCAUGUACUGGCACUGAGGACAAGGCUUUUCCUGGCUGACUGGGCUCUCUAUAUUAUUGGUACACCCUGUAUACAGGAUUGUGACUCUUGUUGAAGAUGAGUCCCACACAAUGGGAUUUCCCUGUAGAGCUAUGUUGUCGUCCUAUGGCCUUUGUGACCCUGACUGGUUUAGAUGUCACCUUUAACGCUAUUCAUCGUGCAAUUUGGGAUGCAUUUUGCGCUAACAGACGGGCAGACAGAGUACCCAUCUCAUUUAAGGUUCUUCCUGGUGACCAUGAGUAUCCAAAAUGCAGAACAAAGAGAACAUCCUAUGAGUGGUACAUCCCAAAAGGAAUUCUGAAAACCAGCUGGAUGAACAAACACCUUAAUCUGGUGCCCGCCCUUGUAGUGGUGUUUUAUGAGUUGGACUGGGAUGAAGCCCAAUGGAAAGAGAAGCAGUCAGAGUGUGCCACCAGGGUGGAAAUUGUUAGACAGAGCUUGCAAGGAAGGAACACAAAGGUAGCUGUGGUUUUAAUACAGAAGAAGACCCCUUUACCUCCAGGUGAAGAUAUGAUUGCUUCUGAAAGGGCUGCUGCCUUGUGCAAUGCCUGUGACCUGUCUGGCAAAUCUCUUUUUGUGCUGCCGCACACAGACCAUCUUGUGGGUUACAUAAUUAGAUUAGAGAAUGCAUUUUAUGAACACGCACAGACCUAUUACUACACUGAAAUUCGAAGAGUAAAAUCUCACAAAGAGUUCCUGAAUAAAACCACCCAUCAGUUACUGUUUGUAAGGCAUCAGUUCAAGAUUGCAUUUUUCAGUGAGCUCAAGCAAGAUACCCAGAAUGCCCUAAAGAAUUACAGGACGGCUUAUAACUUGGUUCAUGAGCUGAGGUCACAUGAAACAAACAUGCUGGAGAUAAAGACCAUGGCUGGCUUUAUUAACUAUAAGAUUUGCCGUCUGUGCUUCCAGCAUAACACUCCUCUAGAUGCCAUUGCACAAUUCAGGAAACACAUUGAUCUGUGUAAGAAGAAGAUUGGAAGUGCGGAGCUGUCUUUCGAGCAUGCCGCUUGGAUGUCUAAACAGUUCCAGGCAUUUGGUGAUCUGUUUGAUGAAGCUAUUAAACUGGGGCUGACAGCCAUUCAGACACAAAAUCCUGGCUUCUACUAUCAACAGGCUGCAUACUAUGCACAGGAGCGCAAGCAUCUUGCUGCUGUUCUGUGUAACCAUGAUUCUUCUGUGUCAUAUCCUACUCCUGAUCCUCUUGAGACUCCUAAUGGGGUGCUUGAUUUCUAUGGACAAAGGGCUUGGCGCCAAGGGAUAUUAAGUUUCGAUCUUACAGAUCCGGAGAAAGAGAAGGCAGGAAUUCUUGCUUUGCAACAGAAAGAGCGGGAUGUCAUUCACUCAGAACUUAUCAUUAGCCUUCUGAGUAGCGCUGUUGCACAGUUUAAGAAGUACAAAUGUCCGAGAAUGAAAAGUCACCUAAUGGUUCAGAUGGGAGAGGAGUAUUACUACGCAAAAGACUACAAUAAAGCACUCAAGUUGCUGGACUAUGUCAUGUGUGACUAUCGAACUGAGCGGUGGUGGACCCUUCUGACAUCUAUACUGACUACAGCUCUCAAAUGUGCCUAUCUCAUGGCACAGCUGAAAGACUACAUCACUUAUUCAUUGGAACUCCUUGGCAGAGCAUCAACCUUAAAAGAAGAUCAAAAGUCCAGAAUUGAGAAAAACCUUAUUAAAGUGUUAAUGAAUGAGAGCCCAGAGCCAGAGCCAGAAUGUGAUGACUCCAUGGUGAAAACGGCUCAGAGGCUGUGGACAGACCGGGUCUCCCUGGCUGGAAGCAACCUGUUUACUGUUGAAGUUCAAGAUUUUGUACCAUUUGUGCAAUGCAAAGCCAAGUUCAUCUGUCCAAGUUUUCAUGUGGACACGCCAGUUGAGUUGUAUGUGUAUCUGAAAACUGACUGCCCCCAUCCAAUCCGCUUCUCCAAACUUUGCAUUGGAUUUAGUAACCAGGAAUACAAUCAGUUCUGUGUGGUGGAAGAGCAGUAUGAAAGUAGUGAUAUUCUGGAACAAUCUGCUCAGGGGACCAUGUGUCUGGUGCCUGGGAAAACACGAAAAUUCACCUUCAAGUUUGUUGCAAAAACAGAAGAUGUUGGGAAGAAAAUUGAGAUCACCUCUGUAGAUCUAAUCCUGGGCAGUGAGACAGGCCGAUGCGUGAUCUUGAACUGGAGAGGAGGUGGAGGAGAUGCAGCUUCUGCCCAAGAGGCUAUACAGGCAGCUCGCUCCUUCAGACGUCGCCCUAAACUACCUGACAACGAUGUUCACUGGGACAGCAUCACAAUCCAGGCGAACACCAUGAUCAUUUCUAGAGUUCCGAAGAUUUCUGUCCAACUGCGUCAUGAGCCGCCUGCCCUCUGCAAUGAAAUGUAUUGCCUAAUGAUUAGAAUACAGUCUCAGGAGAACACGGUUAUUAAGGAUGUGAAGCUCACUGCAGGCCUAAAGCCAGGGCAAGACGCCAACCUGACACAGAAGACUCUGGUUACACUCCAUGGGGGAGAAGUGUGUGAUGACUCCAGUCCAGCUCUGCUUACCGACAUCCCCAUGAAAGACCUGCAGCCAGGAGAACAGCUGGACAUGCCCCUGUACUUUCGUUGUGGAAGUGUUGGCACACGUGUGUUCUUGGUCUACGUUUCAUAUCUGAUAGACACAACAGUGGAAGACAAACAGAUUGUGUGCAAAUGUCACAGAGAUGAGACUGUCACCAUUGAAACCAUGUAUCCAUUUGAUGUUACUGUGAAAUUUGUAUCUAUAAAGUUUGAGCAUUUAGAUAAAGUGUAUGGAGACAUCCCAUUCUUACUAAUGACCGAUAUCCUGAGCGCAUCACCAUGGGCGCUUACCAUUAACUCCAGCCAACUUCAACUGGCGCAAUCUAUCAUUUCUGUGGAUGAAGUGGAGUCACAAGUAGAAAAUGUUGUUUUGCAAACAGGUGAAAGUGCUAGUGAAUGCUUUUGUCUCCGAUGUCCUCCAACAGCAAACAGUCAGAAUGGAGUGGCCACUGGAAGCUAUGUUAUAUCUUGGAAAAGGAGUUCUGCAGGAGAAGAUGUGCCAGUCGUGAGCACUGUUAUUACUUUGCCCUACGUGGUGAUUGAAAGUAUCCCUCUCCAUGUUCAUGCAGAUCUUCCAUCAUUUGGACGAGUAAGAGAAUCUCUCCCCGUCACGUAUCAUCUACAGAACAAAACCAAUUUAGUGCAAGACAUAGAAAUCUCCGUAGAGCCAAGUGAUGCUUUCAUGUUUUCAGGACUCAAACAGAUAAGAUUACAGAUACUCCCAGGCACUGAGCAGGACAUGCUGUAUAAUUUCUAUCCUCUAAUGGCCGGAUAUCAGCACUUACCAUCACUCAACAUCAACUUACUGCGAUUCCCCAACUAUACCAGUCAUCUGCUGAAACAAUUUCUGCCCACUCAUGUGUUUGUAAAGCCGCAGGGACGCCAAGUCGACGAAGAUUCCAUCGAAGCAGCAUGAAAUUACGCUCCCAAAUAUAAAUAAAUGUCUUGCGCUCCCGCUUAUCAGGUUUUAUUGGUAGCCUAUUUAUUUUUUCACUGACCUGCAUGACAUGUGUUUAGAGGUUUUAAACCUGGUAAAAGCCACAUGAUGAGAAAGGAUGAAGCAGAAUAUUUUCGAGUGACGUCUAAGUCCAUUUUUCUUGCAUUCCACAUUUGUUUUGCAACUUUUAAUUAACUGUCCCCCCAACCAAGAUAGUUCACAAUUUAACAUGUCUCCUUGAGCCAACAUCAUUAUACACAGUAACCUCUCGAAAUACAAUGGCUCUAGUAACUCUUAUUCUCCAUAUUUGUUUUUUUUUGUUUUUUUUUUAUAAUCAUCCUCUUGUAUUUCUGAUUCAUACAACAUACAUGUAUAAAAGGUCUUCUGUAUCUCCCAAAAUGUAUGAUAUAAAACACUUUGCACCAUUGUAAUAUUUUUAGUUUGAAUAAUUGAAUCAUACUAUAUGAAUUAUGUCUAUAUGGCUUUGAACUAUUAUUGCAUUAAAUAUAUUGGACUUUAAUAUCCAAUGAUUGUGAAGGGAAUAGUCAUAAUCUCAUGCAACAGUGUCUGUUCAUCUGCUAAGUCAAAAACUUGUGGAUUACUAAUAUGAUGGCUGAAUAAAACUCCACAAACCCAUUUUUCUUUCUCUCAGUGUGGACUUGUACAUUAGAGCCUGUAGCCACCCAUGUACAGGAAUCCAGCAUUCAUUGAAUCCAUGACAUCAAUGGGAAAUGCACAAAUGAGCAUUGAUUAAACCAUUUCUUAUGUGUUGUGUUUCCAUCAAUUAACAGUGUGCAUUGUUUUGACAUUUUCUUAAUGUACAUAUCAACAAGAUACUAAUAAAAAAUACUAUGUAACAA